UAAAGGAUAAUUCCCCGACCCGGUGAUCUGUGCAUUCCCCCAGCCUUCUCCUCCUUCUCCAGGUCGUUUUGUACUGUGCUCGUCAUCUUAGUCGAGAGCGGAGAGCCACUCUUCUCAAACCUACCCGUCCACCAUCUAGACUUUCCCGCUGGAAUCAUCCCCUUGGCCCAUCAAUCAUGAAGAAGUUUCUUGGCCUGAGGGGCCAGGCCCUUAACUGGGCUGUUGGCAUGAUAGCCGGGUGUGACUUUCUUCUCUUUGGAUAUGACCAGGGCGUCAUGGGGGGUAUCCUUACUCUGCCCAUCUUCCUGAGCCAGUUCCCCGACAUCAACCCAGACCUUGAAGGACUCACGCCGCACGAGUCGUCGAAUCGGGCGACAUAUCAAGGUAUUUCUGUCGCUUCAUACAACUUGGGAUGCUUCUUCGGUGCCGUCAUUAGCAUCUUUAUCGGGAACCCCCUUGGCCGCAAGCGCAUGAUCAUGCUGGGUACUUCGAUCAUGAUUGUCGGGGCCAUACUCAUGGCCAGUGCAACCACCCUGGAGCAUUUCAUUAUUGGCAGAAUCAUCACCGGGCUUGGGAACGGCGGCAACACGUCGACGGUUAGUGACCCCUAUGGUUCUUGCCUUCUUUUGAGACAAUAUGUCUUUGCUAACCUUUGCUCUCUUCAGGUCCCUACGUGGCAGUCUGAAACCUCGAAGGCGCAUAAGCGUGGACAACUCGUCAUGAUAGAGGGUGCCCUCAUCACCUGCGGCAUCAUGAUCAGUUAUUGGGUCGAUCUUGGAUUCAGCUUCGCCCCGGGCUCCGUGGCAUGGCGAUUCCCCUUGGCCUUCCAGAUCGUCUUCUGUAUCUUCAUUCUCAUCUUCAUCCCCUUCCUCCCGGAGUCCCCGCGCUGGUUGAUCCUGAAGAACCGGGAGGAGGAGGCGAGGGAGAUCCUCGCGGCACUGUCCGACGUCGAGCUGACCCACCACUCCGUGGACAAUGAUGUCAUUGCCAUCAAGGAGACCGUCGAGGAGAUGUCCAAGGGCAAGUUCUCGGACCUCUUCACCAUGGACAAGGACCGCAACCUCCACCGCACGCUCCUCGCCUACACCAACCAAAUGUUCCAGCAGAUCUCCGGCAUCAACCUCAUCACCUACUACGCCGCCGUCAUCUACAGGAACCUCGGCAUGACCGACUUCAUGUCCCGCCUGCUGGCGGCGCUCAACGGCACCGAGUACUUCAUCGCGUCGUGGCCCGCCGUCUUCCUGGUCGAGCGUGUGGGGCGGCGCAAGCUCAUGCUCUUCGGCGCGGCUGGCCAGGCCGGGACGAUGGCGAUCCUGGCGGGCGUCAACUCGGACGAGGACAACAAGGGCGCGCAGGUGGCGGCGGUGGUGUUCCUCUUCGUCUUCAACACCUUCUUCGCCAUCGGCUGGCUCGGCAUGACGUGGCUGUACCCGGCCGAGAUCGUGCCCCUGCGCAUCCGCGCGCCCGCCAACGCGCUCUCGACGUCGGGCAACUGGAUCUUCAACUUCCUCGUCGUCAUGAUCACGCCCGUGGCGUUCAACACCAUCGGCUACCAGACGUACAUCAUCUUCGCCGUCAUCAACGCCUUCAUGGUCCCGUGCGUCUACUUCUUCUACCCGGAGACGGCCUACCGGUCCCUCGAGGAGAUGGACACCAUCUUCCACAAGGUCCACGGCUGGCGCGGCGCCUUCACCGUCGUUCACCAGGCCCGCGUCGAGCCCCGCUGGUACGGCAAGAACGGCGAGCUGCUCAUCGACUACGAGAACACGGCCGAGCACCGCCAGCACAUGCGCCAGACCGCCGGCGCCGGCGUGGUGAUGGGGGAGAAGGUCGAUGGGGACAAGGAGGAGGGCAGCAGCCCCGGCACCGGCACCGACGCGGGCGGGAAAAGUGGUGAGGAUGAUCAGAGGGCUUCGAUCUAGGAGAGAUUAUUUAACUUCCGGCGGAGAGGACUCCGGAUACCCGCAGCCGGGAAAGUCAUUGUUGUCAUACC